UCCCUCUCCACCUUCGUUUGCAUUCCACACAUUGUUUGUCUCUCGGGUCUGCUUCACAUUCCCUUUUCCCGCACAUUCUUCUUUACUUGGGCUGUUUUGCACGAAUCUUUAAUCUAAUUUUGAAUACAAACCAUCAUUUGCAUGUCACACAACGAUGAUCAGCAACCAUGGAAGAGAAGGAACCCGUUAUGGACAGUCAUUUUCUUGUCUUGUAUCGUCGCCUUUGCUGUCUUGACACCAUUAGUAGAAGCUCAACCUCCUCCUAGUCCGCCUCUUCCCUCUUCUGGAGCCUCACCCCGGGCAACAAAUACUGUUUCUACCUCAACAAGGACAGCAGCACCCUUACCGUCUCAGAUACCUAUCCCGCCACCGGAUCCACCAACGCCCAUUGUUAACCUUCCUCCGGGGACUCGUGAGUUACAGGAUGGACAGGUUGUCGCAGACAGAGUUGGACAAGGUCAACUUCAGACCUACCAUUUAUCAGUUGUUCAACAACAUCUUCCUGUUCGACGACAAUUGGAGCGGAUCAUUUUUCAUCCAGGCCCAAAGGAACUCUACAAACGACAAGUAACGUACUCGCCGACAUCAUCGGCAGGCUCUGGAUCAUUAAUACCCACGUCAACUACUUUUGGGGUUGGAGGGCCUAUACCAGCACCUACCAGAACCAUUGCACCUACACUUCCUUCGCCUUUUGCAAAUGGUACAUAUGCGGUGUACAUAUCGGUAUCAACGUGCUCAACACCCAAAUCAGGAGCCAAUUUAUGUCCACCGUUAAUGAUGUACAUAUCCGUUUCAGCUAGUCAACCCCUACCAGGACCAGGGCAGGACCCUAAAGUGGUGCAGGUAGUUACGAGUCAGGAGGGUUUGAUCCAGUUCACAGCUUAUACGAAUAAGGAUAUUUUCUUUAGUCUCCAAGCACCGGCCUUGCAAGGUGCCUGGACAGGUGAUUGGGCUGUAGAAGUAGGCGCAUCAAGCCAAGGAUAUGUGCAAGGAUAUCAGAGUUCACAAGGAUUAGUUCUCGAUGAUUCGGAUAGUACCAAUGCCAGCUUCUUGACACAUAAUUUCACAGCAGUUCCGACGUUCAAAGUUUAUUUGGUCAAUUCGACUUCUUUACCUGUAGGGCUGACCCAUUCGUUAUGUGCGAUCGAGGUCAUUCAACCCAUGCCUCUUACCAAAGCCAACAUGGUGGUGACUCAGACGAAUAGGACGAGUAAUUUGGAUGGGUCUCAAGGGAGGUUGAUCCUUCCACCAGAGCCAACGUUUGAACAGUUUGGACAACGACGACAGGUAUUGGUUCAGGGCUUGAGACCGGGAACAGAAUAUACUGCGUUCUUUAUUACGGAUGUGUUGAAUCAAGCAGGAGCUGAGGUGAUGUAUGCGAUGACACCCUUUAGGACUAAACGACGUGAUAAUUGUGUGUUGAUCACGGAUCUACAACUUUGCAGGGAGGUAGCCUAUGCAGUCCCAGUCACGCCUCUCUCGACGUUACCGGGCAGCAGUAGUGGCACGACGGUCCAGCAGGAUGUGAAGCAUUACUAUGAUGAUUUCACAAGUCGGUUGAUGGAGACUUUUACAAAAGUGUUGAAGCAGUACGAUUGUUCGAAAUCACAAUAUUCAUUUAUCAGGAACUGUACAGAUUGUGAGCGGGCCUAUCGACGGUGGCUGUGCGGUGUUUCGAUCCCUCGGUGUACGGAUGUGGAGGAUAUUACGGAUUCGAACAAUUACGGAUAUGUGAGGCCUGAGGACAUCGAUCCUCAUGCGGCAGAGAACCCCUAUUUACUUGACCGAUCGAAUGGACCUGUGGUCGUUGGGAGAAAUACCAGUACAUCGAGAGGAGCGGUUGCUCAACUGUCUGCUGAGAAUAAUACGUUGAUGAACCCAGGAGAGUAUGGGGAGGUGUUGCCAUGUGUGGAUCUGUGUUAUGAUGUUGUGCAGAGCUGUCCAAGUUUCUUGGGAUUUAAUUGCCCGGUCAAGAACAUGGGUGGUAAUUAUGCACGGAUGAAUGCUGGGGGAUUCCAAUGCAAUGGAUUGGGCAUAGUAUCGAUUCCAUCAGGAGCAAGGGCCUCAAGGUUGUCGAUGUUGAAAAAGCAAGGGAUUGUUGCGAUCAUGGUCAUAGUGUCGAUUCUCGUUUCAUAAAGGGUGACAAAGAAAGAAAGGGAGAAAGAAAGUAAAUGACCCUGAAAAGAAAUAUGGAUUAAACUAGGAUGAACAACAAAAAACUGUCUUUGAUAUCUCUUGGACAUAAUAGAGUUGAGCUGGU